UUCGCCCCAAGCUUGGCAAACCGCCGCAAUGCGUUCAAUUACAGCACCCGGCGACAACGACACGACACGGCCGCUUCGAACUGCUCCUUAGCUCUGGUCAGUGACGUAACCCGCUACAAACUAGCUCGUAUGCUACCCCGGCCCGCCCUGGUCUCGUGGCUCAAUACCGGGAUCACCACUCUCGAGCCUCGGUGGACUUCAUCUCCAGCAUGGAGUCCGACCUUGGAGCCAAUAUCCGACCUUCUUCCGCCCCCCACUGCUCUUGAAGUACAUAAUGCCCGCGGUUCGCCGUCGUUUGCGGCUCUAGAGGUGGUGGUGUGAGCUGCAGCGUACGCCCGUCAAGCAUCGUCGGUACUCAUAGCCUCCUCUCGCCCCCCCCCCCCCCCGAAAACAACAUGGCCCGACUCAGUCUGCUCGCCGCCCUCUCCACGGCCUGUGCCACGGCAUCCGCCCUCAUCCCGAGGCAGGUCGUCCCGGACAACACCACCACCGGCGCCGCUCCCACCGUCGACCUCAAGAACGGCUCCUACCAUGGCGUCUACAGCUCCUCCUACGGCCAGGACAUGUUCCUCGGCAUCCCGUACGCCCAACCCCCCGUGGCCGAUUUGCGCUUCCGCCCGCCCCAGCCUCUGAACUCCUCUUGGAACGGCACCCGCAACGCCACCGAGUACUCCCCGCUGUGCUUCGGCUACGGCAGCGACACCUGGGUUCUGGGCAACCACGUGUCUGAGGACUGCCUCACCAUCAACGUCGUCCGCCCCCACGGCGUCGCCGCCGAUGCGAAGUUGCCCGUCGCCCUCUGGAUCCACGGAGGCGGCCUGACCAACGGCGGCAGCGCCGACCCCCGCUACAACCUCUCCUUCAUCGUCGAGCAGGGCGUCCGCAUGGGCACCCCCUUCGUCGCCGCCAGCAUCAACUACCGCCUGCACGCCUGGGGUUUCCUGUGGAGCGACGAGGUCAAGGCCGAAGGCGCCGGCAACCUCGGCUUCCGCGACCAGCGCCUCGCCAUGCACUGGGUCAACGAGAACAUCGCCGCCUUCGGCGGCGAUCCGGAGCAGGUGACCCUCUGGAGCGAGAGCGCCGGCUCCCGCAGCGUGGCCUCGCAGAUGCUGGCCUACGGCGGCCGCGACGACGGCCUCUACCGCGCCGCCAUCCUGCAGAGCGGCACCGGCCUCGGCACCGACUUUGGCGAGGUCCCGUCCACCGCCACCACGUGGCAGGACUACUACGCCACCAUCGUGAACAAGACCAACUGCACGUCCGCCGCCAGCACCCUCGACUGCCUUCGCGGCGUGUCGACCUGGGACCUGAGCGACGUCUUCAACUCCACCGCGAACCCCUCCUUCACUGGCGUCGUCGACGGCGACUUCCUCGAGGCCGCCCGCCACGAGCUCGUCAACGAGGGCAGGUUCACCCGCGUCCCGCUCCUCAUCGGCGCCAACACGGACGAGGGCACCCAGUUCGGCACCAAGGGCAUCAACACCACCGACCAGUGGCGCGCCUACCUGGCCUCGGGCGGCGCCAACAACGUCACCAUCGAGGUCCUCUCGGCGCUGUACCCGGACAUCCCGCGCCUCGGCACGCCGGCGACGCUCGAGGGCCGCCCGACGGGGGAGUACGCCUCGUACGGCUCCAUGUGGAAGCGCGUCAACGCCUUCGCGGGCGACCGGGCGCAGCACGGCCCGCGGCGCUUCUUCGCGCGCCACUGGGCCGCCGCGAACCAGACCGUGUACUCGUACAACUUCAACGUGCUUGUCAACGGCAUGUCGCCGGCCGAGGGCGUCAACCACUUCCAGGAGGUGGCCUUUGUCUUCAACAACACGGACGGCCUGGGCUACGAGACGGCCGUCGCCGAGAACCCGUUCGAGGGCAAGCCCGAGACCUACAAGGAGCUGGCCAACGUCAUGUCGCGCAUGUGGGUCGCCUUCAUCACCAAGGGCGACCCGAACCGGAACGGCGUGUCCAACGUGACGUGGCCCGUGUACGACGCCGAGAACCCUGAGAUCAUCGGCUUCGACGCCAACGUCACGUCGCUGGCGCACGUCCAGCCGGACACCUACCGCACGGAGCAGAUUGAGUAUUUGAUCCAGAAGCUGUGGUCGUGAGUGGCGGUUGCUGUCGUGGAAGUCGUUACUUGAGAAGAAGAUGAAAUAAGAAGAACAUAAUAGUUAAAUAAGUAAG